AUAUUACUCACGCUACACAGAACCGCGUGGAAGUCGCGCUUAUCCGACCGGAAAGGUUUCAACCGACGUUGGUGUUUAUUGAACAAACAAUGGCAGACGAAAAGUUAACUACUGAAAGAAAGAUUUCUAACGGCGGAGCGCAUCACGACGAUCUUUUCCUUUCUAGUCUGGGGAAAAGUAAAGUCCAAGAAACACUCCCGGAGAAGUUAAAAAGAAUCGCAAAGGCAAACUUACUGGUGAUUUUGACAGUAGCUGCUGUUAUCGUAGGGGUUUGUAUUGGACUUGGAGUGCGAAAUGCCAAUCUCACCCAAACUCAAGUACUCUAUUUCGGUUUUCCUGGGGAACUCUUGAUUCGCCUGCUGAAAAUGAUCAUCAUUCCGUUGGUUGUGUGUAGUCUCGUGUCAGGGGCUGCUAGCAUUGACCCGAAAGCUUUGGGAAAACUCGGUGGCUGGGCGAUGCUGUUCUUUUUAGUCACCACGUUAAUUUCCUCGGCAAUCGGUGUUAUUAUGGCGUUCAUCAUUCAGCCUGGUUCAUCUCAAGGCACCAAGCCGAAAAUGGCUUUCAUUGACGAAAACGUACCUGAGUCCAAGGAGGUCGCAGACUCGUUUUUAGACCUGAUAAGAAAUAUCUUCCCCUCCAACCUAGUGGCUGCUGCUUUUCAGUCGUAUGCUACUGGUUAUAAGUUUGUGAAAACCAACACAAAUACCACCAACAUCACAUUGGAAAAGGUUCCAGUGGGUACAGAUGUGGAUGGUAUGAACAUUCUUGGCCUAAUUGUGUUUGCUAUGGCGUUUGGUGUGGCCUUGAGGAAACUGGGAGACGAUGGGGAGAUUCUUAUCAAGUUUUUUAACUCCUUUAAUGAGGCCACCAUGGUGCUUGUGUCUUGGAUCAUGUGGUAUGCCCCACUCGGUAUCAUGUUUUUGGUGGCUUCUAAGAUUGUUGAGAUGGAGGAUGUAGGGGUACUAUUUGCCAGCCUGGGAAAGUAUAUUGCCUGCUGUGUGAUUGGUCAUGCAGUGCAUGGCCUGCUCAUCCUGCCACUAAUUUACUUUGUGUUCACUCGGAAGAACCCCUACACUUUCCUCCUGGGCCUGAUUACUGCUUUGGCAACUGCUUUUGGAACCUCAUCCAGUUCUGCAACACUGCCUUUGAUGAUGAAGUGUGUGGAGGAGAACAAUGGUGUAUCAAAGCAUAUCAGUCGCUUCAUCCUACCGAUUGGUGCCACUGUCAACAUGGAUGGAGCUGCUUGCUUCCAGUGUGUGGCUGCUGUUUUUAUUGCUCAGUUAAAUGACAUUUCACUCAACUUUGUCCAGGUUAUCACCAUACUGGUGACUGCCACAGCAUCAAGUGUGGGGGCUGCAGGGAUACCUGCUGGAGGUGUGCUGACACUGGCUAUCAUCCUGGAGGCAGUCGGAUUGCCUACUAAUGACCUCUCUCUCAUCUUGGCUGUCGACUGGCUUGUAGAUCGCACCUGCACAAUAAUCAAUGUGGAGGGUGACGCUUUUGGGGCAGGGCUGCUGCAGCACUUUACUGAUAAAAAUAGCAAGAAAGAGGAGGUGGAGCUGAGUGAGGUACGUUUUGAAGAAGUUGAGAAUCCAACAAAACCGGAGCACUCUCCUCUGCUUGAGAAACGGGCUGAAGUAGUAAUUGCUGGUUCUCGGGACACUGAGCAAGAAUCUGUAAUGUAGACCAACACACUUUAAUAUAUUGUUGAUUCUGAAUUCAUUGUAAAGAGACUUGUAGCUUAAAGCAGGAGUCUGCAGUCUAAACCACAAGAGGCCAAUGUAAAAGAAAAAAGGAAAGAGUAAGAAGUCAUUAUUGGGUUGUACUGUAGUCCAAACUAUUUAUUUUUCUUAUUGGUAGUGGCUUUUCAUCAAGUUAUUCAAUUUUUUUUACGUUACGUUAAAAGGCUGGGCCUAAGUGAUUUUAAAUCCUAUUUCAAUUUUUGGUGUGAUGAAUUCCGUUAUUUCCUCAGUUGAAAUAGUAGGAGGUAACAGUCUUAAACAGUCUGUUGUGUUUAAAGUGUGAACAAUCAACUCAAUCCUUAUAAAUUCAUAAAAAUGUAAUCUUUUUUGUAAUUUUUUUUGUUUUGAAAAAUGUUUCAAGUUUUGCUCAUUUCAAGUCAAAAUCUUUGAUCUGGUCUGUCUUAGAAACUUUUUGAAAUUUUUAUUUAUAUAUUUAUCACUCCUGCUUGAACACGUAUGACAAUCCUCUUUCAAACUGGGUCUCAGGUCUGUUAAAGAGUAUGUUUUAAGUAUGUUACAUAAGAAUGUUUGUGUUUUUUUUUUUAGCACAAAAAUUAGCACAAAAUGGUGAACAUUGUAUCUCACUUUUUUUUUUUUUGGUAAUUCAAGAACUAGUUUAUAAGAACUGAAGUUACUAAUUUACAUAAACAUUCAAAAACUGGAUGAAAUUUCUAUGCGGAUUUCUCUGAAGUAUUUGAUUAUUCCAUAUCUCUUGGACUCCAUUCUUUGUGCUAGUUUCCUACAUGUAGAUUUUUCAGAAGGUACUAGCAGAUUUUUGAAUAUCAAAAGUUAGUUUGUAGUCACUAUUGCUCAGGGAUAUACAAACAGUAAAAAAAUCUUGGGUUCUUUUGGCUAGGGGUAUAUUAGUGUCUAAUAACUGAAAGGUUUUUCCAGUGGCCAUGUUUUGGCCAAAAAAUAAAUAUUAAAACGUGUUAAACACUUUGUUCGAAUGUAAUACUUUUACCCCUAGAAGAAAACACUUUUAUUCUGUUGACACUUUUGAAAAAGUUUU